AUGCCUCUCGCAGUCACUGAACACAGCGGAGCACUCAGCCCUGAUGCGUCCCUGAACAUUGCAGCUACACACCCGUUUACUUGCAAUACAUGCCAGGUUGCCUUCAGAAACAGUGAUGCUCAGAGAACCCAUAUGCGGAGUGAUUGGCAUCGCUAUAAUCUAAAACGUCGAGUCGCAUCUCUUCCCCCACUGUCUUCCGAGAUAUUCACAGAGAAGGUCCUUGCCGCUCAGGCAGCCAAUUCCGCCGCCGCUGCGAAAGCGGCCUUUGAAAAAGCAUGCGUAGCUUGUCAGAAAACAUUCUUCAGUGAGAAUGCCUUCCUGAACCAUAUGGCUAGCCAGAAACACAGGUCGAGGGAUGCGCAACUGCGGAAAAACGGCGGCCUCCAGGAUGAAACUGCGUCAGUGAUGAGCGGAACAUUUUCUCUGGGAGAGCCGAUCAAUGUGGGAGAGCCUGUCAUAGCUCCCCCUGCCACUUCCAUCCAGGAAUCCGCCGCGGAGGAAGAAUUCUCGAAGAUUGUGGACGCAAUGAAAGACACUGCGAUCAAUAGUGAGGAUCCGUUAUUGAAACGCCCAUCCAGGCCAACUCAUUCUUCAGUUGCUGGGGAUCGUCAACCGUCACCAAACGGUACUGACACCGAACAUGAUGAGGACUAUGCGUUAACCCACUGCAUGUUCUGCAACCACAAUUCAGCAAGUGUGAAACUGAACGUCCUCCACAUGAGGAAGUUCCACGGCAUGUUCGUGCCUGAACAAACAUACCUGAUCGAUGGGGAAGGGCUCUUGAAAUAUCUCUUUGACAAAAUUACAAAGUAUAACGAGUGUCUAUACUGCCAUAAGAUCAAGACAAGCACCCCAGCGAUCCAGACACACAUGCGGGAUAAGGGACAUUGCAUGAUUGCGUUCAGCACCGAGGACGAGAUGCUCGAAGUUGGGCAAUUUUACGACUUUUCCAGCACCUAUUCUGACGACGAGGACGUCGAUGGAUCAACAUCGACAACAGAAUCUCCAACGGGGGGUGCCAAGGGGGGUGAUGACGACGACGAGGAGGGAUGGGAAUCGGAUAGCUCGAUAUCAUCUGUAGUCGGCGGAAAUGCCUUCCAUACCGAGUACGAGCUGCAUCUGCCAUCUGGACGAACCGCGGGACACCGCUCUCUGUUCAAAUACUUCCGGCAGAAUCUACGAAAUUACCCAUCUCCGGAGGAGCGUCUUUUACGCCAGCGGGAAAUUACGGACUCGGCGCAGAAUCCCGACGUCCAUGACACUGACGCAAGUGCGAGGCGGAACCAGUCACUCGUUACGAGGGUGCGGGGUGGCAUUGGCAUGAUUGGUGCGAGUGAUAGCCAAAAGCGGUACGUCAAGGCGGCAGAGGUUAGAGAAAGGAGAAGUGAGCAGAAUGCGAGGAAACAGUAUGAGUGGGGCAUCAAUAGGAAGGGUAAUUUCCAGAAACAUUUCAGGGACCAGCUACUCCAGUAA